AUGUCGAUACCGUCGUCCCCCGUGUCCCCCGUGUCCCCCAGGCACCGCCGGCAUCCCUCGAGCCUCGAUCUGUCCUCCGCGAAUGACUUUGACCAGAGUCCUUUCCACUCCCCCCAAACGCCCCGUUCACCUCGUGCGCUGUCGCCGUCAACUCCCCGACAGGAAAAUUCCCAGGUGAUGGACGGAGAACGUCGAAUGUCGGAAGACUACAUCGGGGCGGUCGACUCUGGGGGCGGUCUGGGAAGCCUCGCAGACGAACUGGCGGACGCGUUCGCGGAUGAAGAGGGCUACGAAGAUGCCUCUGGGCUAGAAAACAGCCAUGCCCAGAUGGGUGCUCGCGAGGACGACGAUUCAUACCCGGAAUCCGCACAGGGUACCGGCACCCCUCACGGCGAUCUCUCCCCCGAGCGUAACACACUCCAGCCGCCGAAGCAGAGGACGCGGGCUGCGCAGAUCCGGCACCGACGGACAGAGUCGCAGUACGACGGCUCCGACUAUGGGAAUGACUCGGACUUUGAAGAGGCGGGAGACAUUCCCCCGAGUCUGGAAGCGCGGAUGGCGGGAAUCGAGAGCCUCGCCCGACGCGGCACGGAGGAGAAUGGCAGUUCCAACGAUCAGGUUAUCAAGCGGGUGAUUCAAAGUCUCCAGAACUUGGGUGCUCAGAGUGGGAUCGAAAAUGGUGCCACCAGGCUUAUCACCGCUCACACUUCGAUAACAUCGCAUCUGACGCACCAAACGCGGGCGUUGCAGAACCUGAUCCAUCCUCUCCUGUUCUCCCACUUCCCUCUCCUCUCGAAUGAGGCCAUUGACAGUCUCAUCCCGCUGAUUGACGAUGGACUCCUACCGAACCUACCAUACCCUUUCCCCCAACAGUCGCAAAUGUCCCAGCACGGCUCACCGAGGCCGCUGUCUUCUUCGUCUUCUGCGUCCUCGCAGGGCAAUGCCGCGCUCAACCCGCUCGUGGCCCUCCAGUCCCUCCUGAACCAGACCUCCGACCUGACCCUCACCCUCCGAUCCCUGAGCGACACCCUCCACGAAUCACGGCAGCUAACCUCGACUGCAUCCCGCCGACUCCGGUCCGCGCGCGAGCUCGUCGCCGAGCUGAGACGGGAAGACCAGGACCGCGAGGAAGGCCACCGCUGGAUCGAGAAGGGGCAAUGGGACCGCCGGCUCAGGGAGCGCGAAGCAGGCCGCGUCUGUGGAGAAGUGGUCAGCGGGUUCGAGGCCGUCUGCUGCGAGUGGCGGACAAAGCUGUUCGGUGCAGCUGCACCUGCUGCAGGCGGUGGAGAACUUGCGGCUGCUUAA